GAGAAAGAGGCAAAGAUGCAGGGGAAGGGCGUGACCUUGAACUGCACGCUGCCGGUGCCGAGCGUGCAGGAGCUGGUGAGGCAGCAGCGGCCGGACGCUCUGCCCCCGAGGUACCUCCGUGAUGACAUGGUGGUGGCUGAUCACCAUCGCGAGUCAUUGCAGGACUUGCCUCGCAUCGACCUGGGGAAGCUGAUGGACCUUGCUUCCCGAUCCACUGAGCUCCGAAACCUUGACUCUGCCUGUCGUGAAUGGGGUCUUUUCUUGUUGGUGAACCAUGGAGUGUCGGAUGAAGGGAUGAGGAUGACGAAGGAGAACGUGCGAGGUUUCUUCGAACUGCCCCACCAUGAGAAGCAGAAGUCAGCCCAGAGGCCCGGAAGUCUCGAAGGUUACGGGCAGGCUUUCGUGACCUACCACGAGCAGAAGCUGGACUGGAACGACAUGAUCUUCCUCAAAUGCCAUCCUCCGCAUGCGAGAAAUCUCGAUCUAUGGCCACGAAAUCCACCCGAAUUCAGGAUGGCACUGGAGAAAUACGGCGAAGAUAUGAGGAAACCGGCGAGGUGGUAG